CGUUUUAGGCUUGGAUAUUUUGUUGUACUAGUAGUCAUUAUUGUGGGUGGGAGAGAGCACAACAAGAACCGAACCACAAUUGAAGAAUACAAGUGAUAAGAAAAAAGAUGGGAUCAGAGACGUUCGUAGAAGUGAUUCUUGCAAUUCUGCUACCCCCCCUUGGUGUCUUUCUCCGUUAUGGCAUCGCGGUUGAAUUCUGGAUAUGUUUGUUAUUGACAAUAUUGGGCUACAUACCGGGAAUUAUAUAUGCUCUUUAUGUUCUAGUUGCUUAAAAUAUGUAUUAAGAAACUACUCCUGCUACCGGUGUACUUGGUUUUUGUAAUUGUACGAUACAGUGUACUCUUUCAAGCUAUUUGUCACUCUGUAUCUUGAUUUUUUCCCUUUCUGUGUGUAAAGUUAUGUGAUUUUACCUUUCUAUAAUAUUCCUAUUUCAAAUGUCAUAUACUUGU